AUGUCUGACCACAACCGACUUAAUCCCCAUAUUCCACAGCCCCAACGCAACACUGAAACAUCCGGUAAUCCUCACCACAUCGAACAGAAUACCUUUUUAUCAGGGUCCAGUGCUGGCAUGUUCAACCACUCCGCAAACACCCACGUUCAACAUAUGGCAGCCAUGCCAAGUUUGUACGAACUGCUACAACCAGUCAACGCUUCGUAUCGCGAUCGCGCUGGAAAAAGGGCCCGAUGCUUGCAAGGCACUCGGAAGGAUGUCCUUACGACGAUCCAAAAAUGGGUGGACCAACUAGAAACUAGCCAACCAAUCUGCUGGCUCAACGGCCCAGCUGGAUUUGGAAAAUCAACCAUAGCGCAGACCAUAGCGGAAUGGUGCGCUGACCAGAAGAGACUCGCUGCCAGUUUCUUCUUCUUCAGAGGAAUGGGACAUCGCGAAAAAAUGUCGCACCUUAUUCCAACCCUGGCUUUUCAGCUUUCGUCAACAGUCAGAGGCAUGGAGCCAUUGUUGAAAAAUGCCCUUGACAAAGAACCCUAUAUUCUGAAUACUCCCCUUAACUACCAGUUUGACAUACUGAUCAUGGAACCCAUUAUUGUAUGCAAUCGGAAACGCCUGCCAGUGGUGAUAGUUAUCGACGCUUUAGACGAGUGUAUACGUCAAGGCGGAGUAUCGAUGGAGGAGUUCAUUGACGUCGUAAUUGAUGCCUGUGGGGCCAGGAAAAGUGAAGUCCCUUUUCGUUUAUUCAUCACCAGCAGGAUUGAAGAACAUCUCCGUAAAAAACUCGAAACCCCAGACGCCGAAGGCGUUAUACUUCAACUGAAACUACAAAAUUUCGAUGCCACCGAGGAUAUUCGAAUGUUUUUCCAGUCCGAAUUCAAAAGGAUAUAUCAUGCGAAUCGCAAACUUAUGCUUAUGGAUAAGGUGCCACAGCCUUGGCCUUCUCCAGAAAUCCUCGAUGUCCUUGUCAAAAAAGCAGCGGGAUCCUAUAUCUACUCGUCCACAUUCGUCGAUUUUGUUAGUGAAAAGGGGGGCAUGCCGCACCAGAAACUUCUGGACGCUUUGAAAGCACAUGGGCUAGACAACUUGUAUUCCCAGGUAUUCUCGAAUGCUUUAUAUCCGGGUGGUACACCUGUCGCUAUGGCCGAGCUCGUACGGAUCAUGGGCGUCCUCCUCCUCCUUCGAUAUACACUAUCUAUCAAGGAACUUGCCACGUUCUUGAAUAUUCCCCCAAGAACCCUUGUAGAAUAUUUCCUUAGCAUUCAGUCCAUCCUCCUCAUCCCCGAAUCUGACAUCGAUCCAGUGCAAUUGGUCCACACAUCUUUACGUGACUUCUUGAUGAUCCCGGCACGUUCGGGCACCUAUUUCAUUGAUCCCCCUAUUCGUCACAUAUCCAUUGCCAUUGGUUGCCUAGAUAUCAUGACGAAAAAUAAGACGGAAUUCUUGUUUGAAAAAGAACCAUUACAGUACGCUUCCACAGAGUGGUUGGCUCAUCUUCGCAAAGCUUUGUGUGAAGGGGAUCAGUGUCCUUCGGAUUUGUCUUUAUUUGUCUCACUUAAGGAUUCUCUGACGAGCUUCGCUAGUAGUUCCCUUGAUCCUUGGUUGCAUUCUAUGAUUGUGUAUACCAUGCGACACGGGAUGGAAUCACGUUUUCCACCACUAGAACUCUCGCAAUGCCCUCAAAGUUUGCAGUCGACGCUAACUAGCCUGUAUAAUAUGCUAGACCAAACAAUUUUUGUACGCAUAGUACUCGUAUCAUGCAUAAAUCAUUAACAGAUUUACAUCUUAACAGCUGAAGGGCUAUGAACGUCAACAAUCGUUGUUUCUGGCGUGGUCGGAUGAUUUUUCGAGGUCCCGGGUUUGAGAUAUUUACUCGUCGCCAUUGACUACAUUGCAGUCGGAAAUCUAUCACACAGAACUCCAGAGCAUAUGGAGCCUCCUGCGCAGCCCUGUUUCUGUCUACAACACAUAAGAAAUACCAGAUUUUUUUCAGUACAAAACACGAACAGGAUAGAAGAAAACUUACACCAUGAUCCACAUUUGUCGUCUCGGGCACGGGACUUUAUACACCGAAUUCCUCCGAAUUCCUCAGGCUGUCGCUCCCUCGUAUUUAGGAAAGAAUCAGGAUAUUCUCUUAAACAUCCUGCUCAUCUGAGAGUUGGUCCACAACGAGUUCACAAAACUUCGACGACUCUGAAUUUCCACUCAAGACCUGGGGGGCGCUAGGUGCAUCGAAAUAGAUGUAGACGCCCUUACCGUCAACGUCAUUGAGGGUCUUCGCUAUAAUGCGUUCUUGAUUGGGGUCAUAAUCAAACUUAUCAACGUAUUGAAUCGGCCGCCCCAGAUGCGCGACCUUGUCACAAGUGGCAUGCAGGGCGAGAAGUGUCUCGGAUGGAACGGGUAGAUUCUCGUUAUCUAGGGACCCCCAUCGGCAACGGCUGUUGGUACACGGGAUAAAGAUUUUGUAGUUUGUAACAGUUCAUGACAUUGUGGGUGGUAGUGGAAUCAGUUAGACCGCCAGGUAAAGUAUUAUUAGCGACAUGCGCAGUCUUCUCGAACGAACUAGAUGUCCAAGCGAGUGAACCAGUC